UUCCAUGAUUAAUGUUGUAUCGUAUCAUUAUAUAUUUUCCGAUAGAUCGUCAUAUCAUAUGACAUGCAGUAUAUAAAGUGUGUUUUUAUAAACCGUAUGAUAUGAUAUGGUUUUAGAUUAAUUAAUGUAAGAAAGUGAAUUGAGUACUUUGUAGUGUGAAUGCAUACAUAGAUUAUUAUAGGAUUUAGAAAUAAAAAUGUCAAUUAAUCAAAAUCAAAAUCAAAAUCAAAAUCCAAAUCAAAAUCAGUGUGAGAGUGAAUCAAAAUCAAACACAAACCCUUAUCCUCCUCCAACCGCACCUUACUCUGAUCUUGUUCGUGAUUCUAAUCUCUUCCAACAAAAGCUUCAAUCUUUUCAUGAUUCGCUUGGUACCAAAUUAAAGAUUCCUACUAUAGGGGGGAAGCCACUAGAUCUGCAUCACCUCUUCGUUGAAGUAACAUCUCGUGGUGGUAUUGAAAAGGUAAUUGUAGAUCGUAAAUGGAAGGAAGUAAUAAUGAGCUUCAACUUCCGAGAUACCAUAACAAGCGGAUCAUUCAUGGUGCGCAAGACCUAUCUAUCGUUGCUUUAUCAUUUUGAGCAAGCGUAUUAUUUUUGCAAGCAAGUCCCUCCCUCAACACCUGAUGCUUUGAGUGGGAACGUUGCCAAUAGCUUCACAACGAAUACGGACGGUGCUGCUAUCAAUGAUUCACCUGUCCAGGUUAGUCCAAUUAGUCCAGCACAGACACUUGGUUCUUCAGUGCGUGGAACAAUUGACAUGAAAUUUGAUGACGGAUAUAUAGUUACGGUAGACCUGGGUUCUGAACAGCUGAAAGGUGUCCUGUAUCAUGUUUCAAGUAAUGCAUCUAAGGGUUCUUCUAUUGAAGGCAAGAAGGAUCAAUUAGCAGGAAAAUUGGGUUUAUGAGGAGGAAUCUGACAGACCCAGAAAGACAGGUUUAUCAGGAGAAAAGGUUGAGAGAUAAAGAAAGAUAUAGGAUUGAAAUGUUGAAGUACAAAUCCAACGGUUCAGCUCCUCAAUGGACUCUUUGAUAUGGAAUCCUCAGAUCUUUUUCUUUUGCCUUUAUUCUUGUUAUAGUUGAUUUUAUUUUUCUUUAUACAGAGAAUUUCCCCGUGAGAAAACGGAUAGCUUAGAAGGGUAGCUUUUUGACAUAUCUGGUGUAGAUUAUGGCGGCAAAUGAUUUUGCAAAACAUGUAGUAGUUCACUUUGUUGUAGUUUUUCUUAAAUCAUGGAUCCCCUUAUUUUAUAAGUUUUUAGUUAAUCAGUGAAUGGUUGUCUUAGCACAUGAUAAGCAAUGUAUUAUAAUUCAAGGUUUGUUAGUACUA